CUGAGGUGGAUUUUAUGAAAUAAAUUAUUCACAAGCAAUUCCCACGUCCUCGACCGUUUUUCCGGUUUCGAUCGACACACAGGAUCUCAUCUCCCUCACCAAAUACUAUCUGCAGAUCCAAUCCCAUUUCCCCCACAUUCACUGUUUUUCUUCACAUCUCCAAAUAUGGCCACGAUGGAAAGCUUGAUCGGCUUAGUGAACAGGAUUCAGAGGGCAUGCACCGUGUUGGGCGAUCAUGGCGGUGAAGGCAUGUCCCUUUGGGAAGCCCUUCCCUCCGUCGCCGUCGUCGGUGGUCAGGUAUUGUACACUCUCAUUCUUCUACUCUCCUUUCCUCGUGGAUCCGGUAUUGUGACAAGGAGGCCAUUGGUGUUGCAACUCCAUAAAACGGAGGGACAGUCUGAGUAUGCAGAAUUUCUACAUGCACCAAAGAAGAGAUUUGCUGACUUUGCUGCUGUACGCCAAGAGAUAGCAGAUGAGACAGACCGCAUAACAGGGAAGAGCAAACAAAUAUCUAAUAUUCCAAUCCACUUGAGCAUUUAUUCUCCUAAUGUUGUAAACUUGACACUGAUAGAUCUUCCUGGGUUGACAAAGGUAGCUGUAGAGGGACAGCCAGAGUCUAUUGUUGAAGAUAUUGAAAUGAUGGUCCGGUCUUAUGUUGAAAAGCCGAAUUGCAUUAUUUUGGCCAUCUCUCCUGCUAAUCAAGAUAUCGCAACUUCUGAUGCUAUAAAGCUUGCAAGGGAAGUUGAUCCAUCAGGUGAAAGGACAUUUGGAGUGUUGACUAAACUUGAUUUGAUGGACAAAGGAACCAAUGCACUUGAUGUACUUGAGGGUAGAGCAUACAGGCUCCUCCAUCCAUGGGUUGGAAUAGUGAACCGUUCACAAGCUGAUAUCAACAAGAAUGUCAACAUGAUGUAUGCUCGUCAGAAGGAGAGGGAAUAUUUUGAAUCCAGUCCAGAGUAUGGACAUCUGGCUCAUAAAAUGGGUGCAGAGUUCCUGGCAAAACUUCUGUCUCAGCAUUUGGAGAAGGUCAUUAGGCAGCGCAUUCCCAGCAUUAUUGCCUUAAUAAAUAAAACAAUUGAUGAGCUCAAUGCAGAGUUGGACCGCAUUGGUAGGCCCAUUGGUGUUGAUGGAGGGGCACAGUUGUACACAAUUUUGGAAAUGUGCCGCGCAUUUGAUCGUGUUUUUAAGGAACAUUUGGAUGGAGGGAGGCCAGGUGGAGAUAGGAUAUAUGGCGUCUUUGAUCAUCAAUUACCGGCUGCUCUCAAGAAACUUCCAUUUGAUCGCCAUCUCUCACAGAAUAAUGUUAGAAAAGUUAUUUCAGAAGCAGAUGGGUAUCAGCCUCACUUGAUUGCUCCUGAACAAGGAUACAGAAGACUAAUUGAUGGAUCACUUGGCUAUUUCAAGGGGCCUGCUGAAGCUUCAGUUGAUGCGGUACACUUCAUUCUGAAAGAACUUGUGAGAAAGUCUAUUGCAGCAACUGAGGAAUUGAAACGAUUUCCAACGCUCCAAUCUGAUAUAGCAGCGGCUGCAAAUGAGGCACUGGAGAGAUUUCGUGAUGAAAGUCGCAAGACAGUUUUGCGACUGGUGGAAAUGGAGUCUUCUUACCUUACAGUAGAGUUUUUCAGGAAAAUUAAUGCAGAAUCGGAGAAAAACCAAAAUGCAACGGGUACAAAUGCAUCGACUCCAAAUGCAGACCGCUACACUGACAAUCACUUAAGGAGGAUCGGUACAAAUGUAUCAGCCUACAUUAAUUUGGUCUGUGAUACAAUGAGGAAUACUAUUCCGAAGGCUGUCGUUCAUUGUCAAGUUCGAGAAGCUAAACGAUCACUGCUAAACCAUUUCUAUGUUCAAAUUGGAAGGAGGGAGAAGGAGCAGCUUGGUAAAAUGUUAGAUGAAGAUCCAUCACUGAUGGCAAAAAGGGAGACCUUAGCCAAGAGGCUUGAACUGUACAAGUCAGCACGUGAUGAAAUCGACUCAGUUGCAUGGAAGUGAUGGAGACCUCAUAUAUAAAAAUCCAAUUUCAACGGUACAUUUCUCCAUCUUAAAUCGGAUAUAUUCUUUUUGCACUUGAAAACGGAUGGGGUUCUGAAGAUGAUAUGCCUUCAGAUGAGCUUCUCAGCCUGCUAUUAUAUGAUCUUCAAUUACUUACACCUUUUUCCGCUACUGCGUUAUAGUCUAUUUACUCGAGAGAACAUUCUUUAAUUGUGGAAUGGAAUUCUUUUAUUCCUCUGGUUGAUCUCACUUAAAACUUUUGCUGCUUUU